AUGAGUGAAUCAGCGCAGCAUGCCACAGAUUCCCCUCGGCGAGACCGGGGUUCCGUCAGAAGCCGGACCAAAUGUUUGGAUCGUCGCCUGACGUGCGUCUUCUCCACUGAGGCUGACAAUCGGGGGUCCGCCCCCAAAUCGCAAAUGCAACUCCUUCAAAACAGAGUCAACCUACUCGAGCAGACGCUCCAAGUCCUCGGCAUCAGCAUCGAUGUCCCUGAUGGGUCACCGACUUCUCCGUCUGCGAGCCUCCAGGGAAGGAUUACCGCUGCUAUAGCGGACCACACUACUCCUCCUGCCCUGAGAACAGCCAGUGCUGGUUCUGCAUGCCUCCGAGGUCAAGACACCUCGCGGAGUAGCGGUGGUGGCCAACCAGGCUUCUAUGGCUCGACGAGUGGGCGCCCGGAGCUUCAAUCUCGGCUAGCUGCAAGCACUGAACCGCAUGAUCCACUUGUUUUAGGGGACACCGGCAGUGGUGAUGGCGUGCCUCGAGAUGCAGUCAGGCGGGACGUUGUCACUUCCGACUCUUCACCAAGCACACAAGACGUACCCGAGUUACCGACCCAUCUGGUCGACCACCUUGUCGAAACAUACUUUGAAUGGGAACAACCCUGGUUUCAAGUAGUCGAUAGGAAACUGUUCUUCGAGAGCAGACGCGAUGGCGGUCGGUACUUUAGUAGUUUGCUCCUAUAUUGCAUUCUUGCGAUAGCAUCCAGAUACUCUCCUCUAGAGCAGGUGAGGACCGACGCGCAAGAUACCAACACUGCCGGGCUAGGCUUUCUUCAACAAGCAGAAGCUCUUCUCCAAGUGGAUCUCAAAUGGCCAAGCAUCACGACGAUACAGUCUCUUACCAUCAUGGCCAUCAUGUACGUGGCUAUCGGAUCUGAUGCCUCGGGCUGGCUACACCACGGGAUGGCAAUCCGCUUGGUGCUCGAUAUGGGUCUCAACCUUGACGCCUCCUCUGCCCCUGGGUCUUCUUCUCUGACAGCUGAAGACAUUCAGCUUCGACAUCAGAUCUAUUGGUCGCUGUACUGCUCUGAUAAACUCUGGGCUACCUACACUGGGCGUGUGUGUACCAUGCUGGACUACCAGGGAUCUGUGCCACUACCAAGUACGGUACUUCCUGCAACGGUCUCGGCAGCAUCAUCCGACUCCAACGAGACGAUUACUUCGCCCGUCUCUAUUCUGCGGGAACUCAGCACACAUUGCGUAAUUCUGGAAAAGAUUCUCACGACGCUCUAUGCGCCCAACAAGACGGUGCUCGAUGCCGAGAAGUACUCGUUCUUUGACAUGUGCCUCAUGACACUAAGAGGUUGGUACCAUUCACUUCCCGACCAUGUGGGAUUAGACACUCGUGAACAGCAGAAUUCUCAAAGAUCGCCGCAUGUCCACAUCCUACACAUGGUCUAUCACACGUCCAUUAUUCUUCUUUGCAAGCCAUUCAUAACCAAUAAGCCGUUGGGUGAAUCUGACACCGCCCCGGAGCUUCACCACACAGCCGCUUCUGAUGUUCGCAGGAAAGCAUCCGCCAUGUGUCGGGAGGCCGCCAAAGAGAUAUGUCUCAUAACUGAACGAUACCGUGAGACCUUUGGGAGCUUUCGGCAGAGUCCAUUGACAGCUACACACUGUACACUGAUGGCUAUUCUCGUGACGCUUCACGGCGAGGAUUCGCGUGCAUACGAGACUAGUCAGGGCGCACGGAAAGGGUUAAAGACAGCCAUGAAGACUUUGGAAGAGCUAUCUGACUCUUGGACCCCUCCAAGACGGUAUUGGCACACCAUGAACCAGGCCCUACGGAUCGACUCCCCGUCGAUCGAGAACCAAGACGCAGCUGAGGGCUGGCAAGAGUCGCGAGAGGCCCUGGCGCCGGCUGCAGCAGGUGGAGAGCAUCGGCAGAGUGACGGCCAGCAAGAGGUUCCUCUGAACAGCCAAGACAACUGGGUUAGCGCCGAGCCUCAGGGCUCCAGCUCCUUUCCGUUGACAUCUGACGACGGUGUCCAGCAUGCCACCUACUUCAACAUUGAUGAUCUUGAACUGACGGCCUUUGAACAACUUCCAUCUGACUACAUGACGUUGGAGUCUCUAGGCUUUGACUUGUCGUUUAGUAUUUAA